CGGGAAGUGCCGAUGUGGGUGUAGGGGCCAUGGUCAAAUUAUUAUGUAGACGAGCGCGUGCUUGGACCCCUUCAUCGCCUCCCCCUCUACCUUCCAUAUCCCUAGUUUACAUCAAAGACAACCACUUGUUCAGCCCCCAUCUGAUACCUUCUCCAAAGGUCAAGCAUCUCCCGACCAUUGACUUCUGCAGCUAGUCAAUUAGUUAAUUGUUAAUCAUCGAUUUCGCGUCAGUCACAUCAGGAACGUUUGCAAGCAGGCAGAUGGUUUCGUCAGCGCCUGCACCCUUGAUCAACCCUACAGUUUCUUAUGCUGAAAGUGUAAAAAAGGUUCAUUCUCCUCGCUCUCCUAACGCUGUUCGGAACUCUUUUGGAGACUUCCCAGCAAUCUCUGGCGCGUCUGGAAUAUCUUCUUCUUCUUCUUCACCGCCUUCGAAUGCCACGUCCCAUCUUAGCUCGGUCGAAGCGAUAGGCGGAUCUCAGGCCGGCGCUUCUGAUUUUCCAGAACUCUCCACCGAGAUAUCUUCGCAGAACGCUGUCAAGGACCACAACGGACCAACGAACCAUGUACAUCCGAAUGCCAACAACGUGCCAAAGGCAGCGCCUGCUGUGAACGUAUGGACAGAACGUUUGAAAGAGCAGAUGGCGCUUGCACCCAUACACGCACAUCAACCUCAGCGACAACCUAGAACAAUAGUCACAUCUUCUGCUGGAGCGCCUUCAGUCCCCCACAGGCUAAGACCCAUCGUCAUGGGUACUUCACCGCAUACACUCGAUGCUACCAAUGCCGUGCCAUCGGCUUCCACAUCUCGUUCGAGUCCACUGCAGACGAUUUCUCUCAACGGAGACGAUAGUUGCCAUGAUCCUUUCAUCGUGCGCAUGCCUUCACACCUUUCUCGACACUCUUCUUCCAAGUCAAUCCGUCUAGUUAAUGACACUGAUACGUCUAAUUGGCUAGAGGCCAUGAAAACUCCAUCUAUUGAGCUUGGAGAACAUGACGGUGGCGAGAAGCCCAGAAGAAAGAAUAGCAUUGAUUCCACCCGACAUCAAAGCGAUUCAAGACCGUCAUCAGCUCAAAUGUCUCGACUGAACAGUAGAAAUGUAUUCGAGGCGAAUUCUACGGGUUCGCACUCGGUGCCCUAUUCACUAGUAGAAAGUCAAGCUGGGAGUUCGUCCUCGAGUCCUCGGCUACAAGUGCGAGGAAGGAGACUACCGGAUGACGAUUUGACUGUAGUAUACGACCUUCGUCAUGAGCCUCCAAAGGUUCCCUAUAAUCCACCGCGCAUGAGUUCAAGGGUCCCAGAGAGAACCCCAUACCACCACCACCACCACCAUCACACCUUUUCUCAUCCUCCCGACAUUUCAUCGCAAUAUUUCAGAUCUCCGCCCAUACCAAUCGCUAUUGACGCACCAUUGCAUCCUGCACGCCUAUCACCGCUACUUUCCGCUAUUCGACAUCCGUACUACGCAAACCCUGUUUCAGGACACACCUCUCCUACGUACGCGGGUUCGCGCCCUCCCUCUGGAGCUGGAACUCCGCCAUACCCGGUAUAUCCUCCAUACACGGUGACAUGCGGAUACUGCCAUUCGCGCAUUCCGUGGGAUGGGUUCGUUCCCCCAAUUCACCCUCGCCCCGUUCCGGGCUUUUCUUCCCCGUUACUGCAGGACGAAUAUACUGUGCCUCCGCCGACGCUUCCGACGUUCUUCAAUCCACCGUUUCCAGGAACAACAGAGCCAUCACCGAACACCCAUUUAACGCAGAGUGAGCGUUCGUAUGAGAGCUCGCAGGACGCACAGUUGCAUCCUGCUAUUGUUUCACGAAAUAUGGUCUUUGGGAGCAUCGGCCUGACUCAUAAUAGCAUCCACCAGAUGCCGAAAGAAAUGGACGCUGCGGGGAAAGAGAGCAAGGAGCCUAUUGAGCGAAUGGCGGAACAGUUCUCUGGCUUUUCUAUCGGCAUUAUGCCUGGCGAACCGGUGCCAUCUCGUCAAGGAAAUAGGAAACAUUCGACUAAGAGUCUUUCAAGGCCUCCCGCGGGUACCGAAUCGGAAUAUGCAGACACUGCGAAUGCAAUGGAUGAUGCGACCCAGGAAGAGCGAAAGGUGGUUGACGAAUAUCCGAACACUCCUGCAGGGGAAGAUGUUGCAGCACCUGGUAAGAAGUGGGUGUUCGGAACGACAGCGAAGUUUGGCAGUCUGAAUGAGGAUUCACGUAACGCGUCAUCUGAGCGCCUACCUCUACCUGCUGAACUUGCGCAACCAGUCGCUCCUCCAAGUGGCCAGCAUUCGCCUGCCGCAGCAUCCGUGGCGCAGCCCUCCAGGAAUGAGAAGCCUGUCACGCCGCCAAUUAGUACGACACAGGCUGAAACUUCAAUCAUGCAGUCUGAAGAUGGUUCUGCGACAAGCGACGUCUGGGAGGUCAAGGAUUACGGAUAUGGAUUCGGCGACGUCAGUGGCACAGAUAAUGCCACUGAUGUUAUCCGCCGCGCCAAGGAGGCUCGGGAGAUGCGGCGACAACUGGAGUGGCAGAAGGAGCAGGCGCAGAUACAACUCCAGAAAGAACAGGAGCUACAGCUUGACGCACAAGAAGUUCACAUCCAGCACAUGUGGCAGGAAGUACAUGAAGGGCGAGAAGUGUCGGACCAAGCCAAGGAGUUUGGACGUGGGCGACCCCGUCGAGGCUCUUGGGCCAGCUCGUAUGGGUCGCACGAACGAGGCGCUUAUGGGGGUCGGCGAGCUCGAGGAUUUGGUGGUCGCUACCAAGGCAGGCAUCCUGGUCGUGGAGGUUACCACCACCAACAACGAUCUUCUAUAUCUUCUCUUACUCCGCCUCCACAAUUUAAUCCUUUGCCUCUACCCGGUGCCGAUUAUAUGAACGGUUACAUCCAGAUACCAUCUUAUACACCUCCCGAUUACGAGUUGUACCACCCCGUUCCAGUCACUAUACCUGUAAAUGGCGCACCUCCCAUCCCUAUGCCACAGUCGACAUUGGCAUUCCCUCAGGAUCCGACGCGGUCGUAUCUUCUUGGCCAGUUGGAGUAUUAUCUAAGCCCUCAGAACAUGGCACAGGAUUUCUUCCUCCGGCAGCGGAUGGAUGAUCAGGGAUGGAUACCCAUUUCUCUUAUAGCUUCCUUUAACAGGGUACAAAAGUUUACCACAGAGAUCCAGCUCGUGCAUGACGUGCUCAACCUGUCCAGCUUGACUGAAGUCAAGGGUGAAUAUGUUCGGAUGGCCAGGGAGCAGUGGAAGCAGUUCGUCUUGCCCAAUGCCCCGAGGAGCGUUGUGUGCCAUCCGAUCGAAUCUGAGGCAACAGAUCCUCAGGCCGAUCAGGCCGCUUACGCUCAGGUUCAGGAUGGUGAGAUAGAAGAAGAAGGUGAUACGUAUGGAGAGGAUGACGAUGAAGAAGACAUCGUAUUUGUCAUUGGCGAAGAAGCAGAAGGCUCCUGGGCGCCAGAACGACGAUCAGCAGCAUCGGAAAACACUUGACCGCCGGAAUUGCGUUCAGUGACCCUUUUCAAAAAGCAUUCUUGAAGGAAGUUUAUACCCUUACCCGUGUGCACAUUUCAGUGCGUUCGCGGACAGGUGAUCCUAUUGAUUUUACCUCUUUGUUAUGUUCUUUAUGUGGUUAGUCUGUAUCCUCGUGUUCUCCAUCGCUAACAUUUUUGCUUCAUAUGCACGCUUACACAGUAAUGUUUUCUCCACGGCAGUAUCAUCCUCGCAUACCAUCUCAUCGUUCAAUCGUUCACAUUUUCCUGGCUGGCUUUUAUACAAUGUUGUUCGUUUUCCUGCAGUUAUCGUUCUAGUACACGAGCUAUCCCGUCUAUAAAGUAAAUGAUUAUUAGGCUCUCUGGAUAGGGCACUGACAGAAUCCGUUCCUAUUUUCUUCGUUGACUCAACGGAUAGGCUGAGCCUGUCACCGUUUCAUG